UUCCGAGUAAACAAGCAAGCAUUCUUGUGAGAAAAGUGUAAAACUAAAGUGAAAAAAGGCAAAAUCAAAAACCCACAAUCUCAUCAUUCGUUACAGCUCAUUUGAACCCGAACACCGCCUUUUUUUUAUAUAUUUUUUCUUUUUCUUUUUAAUAAUCUCUGAAAAAUGAACUCUAAAGCUACAAGUUUCAAGUAUUCUUCUCUUUAUCUCUUGCUUUACCUGCUCAUUCAACUCUUACUUGUAGUGAAAACCAUUUCGUUAUGGCUAAUUCUAAGCCUAAGCGUGUUUAUCAAACUUGGAAGGGGAAAAAUAAAUUCCUCUGCAAUGGAAGGCUUGUGUUUGGGCCAGAUGCCAAGUCACUGGUGGUCACCUUAUUGCUUAUUCUUGUUCCUGUUAUUAUCUUUUGUACAAGUGUGGCAAGGAACCUUGUUCAUGAAUUUAUAGCAUAUAAUGCAGGCUAUGCAAUUCUGGUGGUGGCAAUUUUGCUCACAGUUUAUGUGUUGCUGCUGCUCUUUCUUACUUCAGCCCGAGACCCUGGCAUUGUUCCCCGCAAUUUAAAUCCACCAGAAGAAGAAAUAGUCGAUGAGUCUUCAAAUUCAGUUGAUACUGGUGGAAGAACACCAACACCAAUUGCACUACCCCGCACAAAAGAAGUCAUUAUUGAUGGCGUUAUUGUUGUCAAGGUGAAGUAUUGUGAUACAUGUAAGUUGUAUCGUCCACCACGUUGCUCACACUGCUCUGUAUGCGACAACUGUGUGGAGCGAUUUGAUCAUCAUUGCCCUUGGGUCGGCCAGUGCAUCGGACUGCGGAACUACCGUUACUUCAUUCUGUUCGUUUCUUCUUCAGCUCUUCUCUGCAGUUUUGUUGUUGCAAUGUCAGCUUUGAAUGUAAAACUUCAAAUGGACAAUUAUGGAACUCUCUGGAAGGGAGUCAAAGCAGCACCUGCUUCAGUAAUACUAAUGGCCUAUAGCUUUUUCUUCCUCUGGUUUGUUGGAGGUCUCACCUGCUUCCACUUGUUUCUCAUAUGCACAAACCAGACGACAUACGAGAACUUUCGCUAUAGAGGAGAAGAUCAUAUCCGCGUCUAUGACAAGGGUUGCCUGAAGAACUUUCAUCAAGUAUUCUGCACCAAUGUAAAGCCUGGAAUCAAGUUCCAUGCAUAUGCACAAGAAAAUGAACGGAGACCUUCAAAUGGCUUGAACACCCCAGAAUCUGAGGCCCGUUAUUCGGGAGGGGACCAGCGAGUAAAGGUAGAAGAUGACCGAGAAAUUGGUGGUGAUCUCCUCCAGCUAUCCCAGCGCCGCGAUGAUGAAGAAGUAUAGGACAUGCAUGCUGGAAACAGGAAGAAUCGGUAUCAUCCCAAAGUGCUAAAAAUGAUCGAGCUUGAGUGGGUUGUUAAAAAAUCUUGUGUUGUAACCUUGCAAUGAAGAAGCUUGGAGGUUUACCCAUUCAUCCUUUUUCUCUUUUCGCAAAUAGUACAGAGACAUUGAUAGCAUACUAUAGAAUUCCAACACAGAGAACAUUACAUUUGAGUUGAAAUUUUAUUUUUUUGUUUUAACUGCAAAAUCUAAAUGAGUUGAUCUUCUGGUAAGCAAAUGAAUGUUCACGGAAUUCUUUAUCCUUAGAAUUUUGCUUUAUUUUUAUCAAGUUUUUGUUAUUUGCCUC